CCUCUCCCUGCCGAGGCCUGGCUGACACCUCGGCCUCUCAGUGCUUGUGUGCUCGCCCUGCUCCCUCUGGCUCCCGGCCCCGUCGCGGCUCCAGCCCCGCUCUUUCCCGCUGCCUUGCCCUGGCGUUGGUCAUGGAGUAAGGUGGAAGAUGGCGGGCGGCGGAGAGAGCCGCUUUCUGAAAGCUUUGGAUAGAACGCAGUCCAAGAAAGAUGCAGGUUUUAGAAAUAACUGGAGUUUUGAAAACCUGGAAGAAAGUGAAGGUGAUGUUGAAAAAGAUGAGGUUAACUUGCUCAAUGUAGAAGAAAGUGAUGGAGACAGCCCAAAAGCUGCUGAACAAAAGUCCAGACAUCUGCGGCCUGGAACUGUUCAAGGUCCAGGGGACUCGCCUAAGACAAAUGAGAGAAGAGGGAAAACACUUCACUUAAGACCUAUUAAAGGCAACGCAAUUGGACUUAACAUGAUAGGAGCAAGCAAGAAUCUGGUAGAAAAUGCCCAGAACAUUGUACUCCCCCCAGGAACUAUGUUGCAGAGAAGAAUUUGUCAUCACAGUAUCUCGCGGUCCGGCGUGAAAACAGCAGCACAGAACAGUCUGGAAAGACGGGAAAGGAAAGAAUACCCCCCACAUAUUCAGAAGGUAGAAGUGGAUCCUGUUGGUUUGUCACAAAGAUUAGAAGACAUGCAGGGAACAGGGGAGGAUUCCCAGGUGGAGCCCGGGCCUACAAUAAGGAGAAAGGUACAGCAGCCUCGGCGCAGCAGUUUGCAUACGUGUUAUUUGCCCUUGCAUCAUACUGCUCAAUUGUGUGUAACAGAGAGCACAGAGCAGAUCGAACCUUUCCAACAUUGUACAUCUUGUGUAAAAGAGAAUAAAAGUAAGACAAGAUGCCAAAGUUGUGGAGAUGCGCAGAGACUUUCCAGACAAAGCACUUCAUUUUCAGAAUCACCUGCUUCCCUGGCUAGGCCAUCAAUCCAUCACAGUCCCGCAGCUGACAAGUCUGUCAGCAAAGGGUUAAAUGCUAAGAACUUCUAUAGCUCUUCCUUUAGCAAAAUUGCAAUGGACUCCAUGUUAAAAAACGACUCUCCCAAGUGGAAGCAGUAUCCUGCAAAUGGGAAAAUUGGACUAUCCGCAGAAGCUAAUUUAUCCAAGAUUACUAAAAAUGCCAGACUGAGAAGUAGAUUGUCCGAAACCAAUGACACAAUUAUCCUGUCUAGUGACGAUGAAGAUAAUAUUAGCACUGGAAGCACCAGCAGGGUAGAGAGCAUCUCUCCUCGGCCUGCAGAUUCAGCUUGUUCCUCUCCUGUUCCAUCGUCUGAGAAAGUAGAAGCAGCUCUGAGAGAAAAUAGUUUAGUAGAUAGCAAAUAUAGUAGUCCAGCUGAGCCUGACCUGCCUGUCGCCAUCCCAAGGAAAGCAAGAAUGAAGGAUGAGUUUGGCAAUACUGUUGCUGUGACUCCGGUAAAGCGGCGUCGAGUUUCCCAGUUGCCGCUGCCUAGUGAAUCGCCCAGCGUGCUGCAGUGUCCUGUAAAACCUUGUGAAAGCAUGAUCCUCGUGUGUCGGAAUAUACGUAUAGGGACCCUUUACCGCGCGAUAACCGAGCCUGUCGUGUUUUGUGUAGACUUCAUAAAGAUACAACUUGAAGCACCAGAUGUAGAAGGUGGCUCUGAAGAAUUAUUACUGAAAACAUCGGAUCUUACAAAGUGUGAGUGGUGCUGUGCAAGAAAGCUUCCCGUUGUCUUUUUUCAAAGUACGCCAUCUUUCUGUCAGAAGCUGCGGCUACAGUUUAAUAUGAGCAGACAAAGUGGACUCAGAUGGUAUGACUGCAAGGCUUCAAAUAUAGAAGAACAGCACAUCGUGUUAAUUUUUGAAAGGCCCCUGCUUGUACAUGAAAGUGCUUGCUUUGAAAAGAUUCUAUCUGAAGUUGGAAAAAAACUUGCGAUUCCAAACUUUUUAUCCAAAAUUGUGUUUGAUGAAGCUAAUCGACGACUAGUUGCCUUUACCAAUAAUGUUCACGAAUCCUCUUCGACUCCCAAGGACCACGUAACUAGAAGCGUUACAUCAGAAACUCGAAUGAAACUGCGGAAUCCCACAGGCCAAUUGCAGUUCUGUGACGAUGAAGAAGGUGACACGCACAAUGUCUUUGUGGGCCCUAUUGAAAAAUUGAUUGUUUAUCCUCCACCUCCUGCAAAAGGCGGGAUCUCCGUCACUAAUGAAGACCUCCAUUGCUUAAAUGAAGGAGAAUUUUUAAAUGACGUUAUUAUUGAUUUCUAUUUAAAGUAUUUAGUCCUUGAGAAACUUCGAGAAAAGGCUGACAAAAUCCAUAUUUUUAGUUCAUUUUUCUAUAAGCGUCUCAAUCAGAGAGAGAGGAGGAAUCUCCAGGAUACUGCAAACUUAACGUUACAACAGAGGAGGCAUGGAAGAGUAAAAACAUGGACCAGACAUGUGGAUAUCUUUCAGAAAGACUUCAUAUUUGUUCCACUUAAUGAAGCUGCUCAUUGGUUUUUGGCUGUCAUUUGUUUUCCUGGCCUAGAAGAACCAGUGUAUUGUCCUAACCGGUACUACCAAGAGACUAGUAGUCCAUCCGCAGGCAUUGCACAGACUGAGGAAACUCGCACCUCUGCUCCUUCUGGUGACCCACAAACCUGUUUACAAGGUGGUUCUUCUAAGUCACCACCUAAGAAAAUGGCCAGUAAAAAACAAACUCCUGCUUCAGGUGACACAAGCUCUGGGACGGACGAUAGUGACAGCCCGGGGAACAGACAAAGCCAUUGUGUAGGAAGGCACAGCCUCAGAAAGAAUGAUCAAGGACCUAAAGAGUCUGAUGCCUCUCUGAAAUCUCCAUUUCCACAAACGGACUCUUCUGCUAAAAACGUCAAUGGCAUAGCAGACGAAUGUAAAACUCCAUUAAAGCAUGUUGAUGGCUUGUACAGAAUACAGAUGAGCUAUAGCGACUCUCCAGAUGACCAGAAGAAAGGUGAAGAGGAAUUCAUCGAUUUUUCUGAUGAUCAGGACAAUCUGGAUGAAAGCAGUGAUGAUGGUGGCCUGGCUGAUGACAAUUUCACAUCAGAAGCAGGAAAAUGGCAUCUCAAACCUCUACUCUGCAAACAACCAUGUAUACUGCUGAUGGAUUCUCUCAGAGGUCCUUCUCGCUCCAACGUGGUGAAAACAUUACGAGAGUACCUGGAGGUAGAAUGGGAGGUUAAGAAAGGAAGCAAGAGGAGCUUUUCCAAAGAGUUCAUGAAAGGUUCCAACCCCAGAGUGCCUCAGCAGAACAACUUCAGUGAUUGUGGGGUGUAUGUACUGCAGUAUGUGGAGAGCUUUUUUGAGAAUCCCAUUCAGAGUUUUGAUCUACCUAUGAACUUGACCGAUUGGUUUCCUCAACAAAGAAUGAAGACUAAGCGUGAAGAAAUCCGGAAUCUUAUCCUUAGUCUGCAGGAACAUCAAAGCAAAGACAAGAAGGGACAGAGAGACCUUGGCAUAACACAGGCCCCUCCACCAGAGGAAACAGAGCAGUUGAUCAGAGAAUUUGAAAGUGAAUGAAUAUUUCAUGUGUGGCAUGCCACUCUGCCAUCACGACAGCAAAGCAGACUUGUUUUAAAAUGUAUCGUGCUUAGAUGUUUGAGUGGCGGACCUGCUCAUUGCUCAGUCUGUGAAUCUGAGAGCGAGCGUUAACCUCACCAGAUUGACUGAGUGCCAGGACUGUACAUACGGUAAUAAGGCCAUUUUUUCAGUAUUUAUGAUUUUUUUUUUUUGUCCCAUUCUUAAGAAGUGUUUGUCAUUCUCUUAACAUUAACUACAAACUCAAAUUACACGUCAAAUAAAAAGAUACUAUUUAUAGGCUCACAUUUUAAUGUGUAUUGUUAUUUAGUAUGGAAUUUCUGUCUGACAGAUGUAUGUUAUUAUCGACAUUUAGUGUAAACAGUCCUACUGAGAUUUCAUGAUCUGAUUUUUUUUUUCCUACCGUUUAACUGGUGGCCCUUAAGAGUCUAUAAACCGAAUCUGCAGGAAAUCUCCACAAAGUGGCGAAGAACCUUAAAGGGGUUGUCCAACAUCAAAGAAAUUGAGUGAGUGCCUGGACAGUUUUUAAAAGAACAAAAAAAAAACACUCAGUCCCUCCAUUCCAUCGCCGCUACAUCCAUACCUGCUGAUUCCUGACUCCACUGGACUGGAAGUGAUGACUUUUCCAUCACUGCUGCUGACCAAUCAGUGGCCUCAGCAGUGAUGCGUUCACAAAUGGCACAUGACUGCUGAAGCUGAGAACUCUUUCAUUUUCUUACCUUUAAGGGUGGGGUCAAUUUUAAUUUUUUUUCAAAAAUGCCAACAUUUUCUUGAAAGUUUUUAUGUCAUUUUCUAAGCCACAGCCAUGAGGGAAUUCAAACUGAAUGGGAAAUAUAAAGGAAGGACUUGGGCUUCUCCUUCCUGCUGGAUCCACUUUUGUCUCAUCCCCCUCCCCUCCAAAAAAUAAAUAAAACUGGUUCAGAAAAAGCUGUGUUUGUAAGCAAACCACUCUUUAGUUGGUUUCCCACAAAUGAUAGGUGAUAAUAGUCUGAUCACUGCAAUGGAAACCCUACAAAUCACUAGCAUGGGGGUUCCAUGCCCCCAUUCCUCCUGUGUGAUCUAAGUGAAAAGGAGUUUGAAUAGAAUAGUGGCCAAGCAUGCACUGUGCCACUCUAUUCAGAGUCUAUAGGACUGACUGACAGAGAGUAGGCAAUGAAUGGGGCAAAUUCUUGAAUGCCUCACUUCAUUCAAAGACCUCCUCAUUGGGGUCAUGCAGUAAAGAGGAACUCCCGUUCUAGUUAUUGUCAGGGUCCCAGUGAUCAAACAUUAAUCACCUAUCCUAUGGAUAAGUAAUAAAUGUCAUUUUUUGGGGCUAAUCAUUUUUAAAGCAAUUAUGCAGUAUUACAAAAAAAGGGUGUAAUUGUUCAGAACCCGUUGCAUGCUCAUGAGGGCUGUUUGGUACUGCAGCUGUAUGGGGCUGAGCUGCAAUUCCAGACGCAGUCAAUAGACAGACCUUUCUUUUCAAAUUCUGGACAACCCUUUUAAGCCAUUUCAUUUUCAAAGUUUUUCUUCCUACAUUUUCAGUUAUUCUCCUGCUGAACUAUUUUUUAACUUUUGUAUUUUUAUUGUUGCUGAGGAGCAUAUAUUUUUAGGUUUAGGUGGUGAUAAAAUUAUAUAGAGGUUGUUGUUUCUAAUGUGAUUUCUAGAUUAUGCAAUAAGAGGUCUAUAUUUUCUCAUCUUUGUCUUAUGAGAUUUUGCUUCCGUUAUUGAUUUAUUUGUAUAUUGUUCCUAGUUCAUGCUUUCCACAUUUGUCUCAAGUGACCUAUAUUGCCAGGUCCACAAACUGCUUACACACAAAUGCCGCCAUUAUGAACACUGAGAAAUUAGCCAAAGAAUAAUUAAAGAGGCCACUCUUUGUAAUGGGACCUGCGUACCAAACUUACUCCUGUGCGUAGCAACUGCCAUAGAUUCAAAUCUGGUCAGAAGGUGAUGGUAUAGUCCUCAUCUGCUGCUUGCAAGACUAGAAUGAUUUUAUCAACUGGUCCGGGACCCCCACUGAUCACUAGAAUUUGUGUCCCAUGCCCUAUUUCUUUUUUUUUGGAGCGGACUGAGAUAGCUGAACACUUUACUCGGAUAUCUACAUCACAUACACUUUGAAGCAGCAGUUCACAUGAAUGACCACCACUCCAUCCAAGCUCCUGUGGAAUGGGAGCUCUGGAUCCUCAUUGUAGUUCAGACAUUUAUGAACUAUCUUGUGGAGAGAGGAAUGUUUUUCAUGAGAUAACCCCUUUAAAUAUAUGGCCUCAUUUAAAGUGUAACUGUGAUUGCAUUUUUUAUUUUUAAUGUGAGUAUAAGUGUUUUUGUCAUAUACUUUACUUACUAUAUGUAAAGUCUCUGCUUAGCAUCUCUCUAACUGAGGGUUGCUAAGGAGAAUCCAUCUCCUCAUUGUACUUAAAGCUUAAGACGCCAGACAACUGUGUGAUGCAAAAGAAGGCUGUUCAGCCUGCCCUUAGUCUCCCUGCCUCUGCCUCCUUACCCUAGCCGUGCCUCCCUAAAUGUGUAAUAGAGCUUGCUAAAAAUGCUGUGCCCCACAUCCUUUCAACCAGGUUAUCUGCUGCUAACACUGGUUACUUACAGCAACCCCACCCCAUCACCCUUUCCCAGCAUAUCUCUGAUUACAGAUGGGAAGAUAGGGAGAGGAGCGAGGCUGCAGUGUAAAUAUACAGGAACAUAGUAUGCCUAUUGUCAGCACUGAAUGCUGCAGCCCUGCUCCUCGCCAUAUCUUCCCAGCGCUAAACAAAGACACGGUGGGAAGUUAAAGGGGACUGUCACAAUCGGAACCCUCAGCAGAUGGGAGACUAGAGGCAGGCUCAGAAGCCUCUGUAUCAUAACAGUAAUCUGGCUUCCUCAGCGGUCUGUGGAAUGCUGAAAACUAAUCUCUUUUAAUCUAAUUUUUAGCGACCCUCAGAGUCUUGCUAAGGGGAGACUUUAAAUACAGUCUUUGCAAUAAAACACGCUCGCUGUCCCUACACAUUAAAUGAAUAUUAAAUCACAGUUACACUUUAAAGGUGUUGUUGUCUAAGAAAAUCUGAGACAGCCCCCUGAAAAUAAAUGACGACCCGCCAGCCCCUUACUUUUUUUUUCCCCAGCACUGUUCUCUGUGACGUUAGUCUGGUAAUCCUGCUGCUGUUCACAAACUCCAUCGGUGAUGUGCCUAGAGAUAGCAUGUUAUCACUGCAGCCAAUCACUGUUCUCAGCUGUAGACUGAUGAGGACAGUGUAGAGAAACAGUGGCAGGAGCACUGGAAAAAACGGUGAGCUUUUGAUGUUUUUAUUUUAAAGAGGACCUUUCACCUUGAAAAACAUUGUGAACGAAGUAUGCUGCCACGGAGAGCGUCGCCCGGGGAUCUCACUGCACUUACUAUUAUCCCCGGGCGCCGCUCCGUUCUCCCGUUAUGCCCUCCGGUAUGUUCACUCUCUAAGUUAUAGUAGGCGGAGACUGCCCUUGUCUUGUGGGCGUCUCCUUCUCCUAGGCUGCAGCGCUGGCCAAUCGCAGUGCACAGCUCACAGCCUGGGAGGUAUUUUAAAUUAUCUCAGACAACCCCUUUAAAGUGUAGCUGUAAUUUCAUUGUGUUUUCAUAAUACUUUAUUGGAGAACAAACCUCAACUAGCGACACCCAUCUGGACCUUGAUUGCAAACUACUAUCAGCAAUAAUACAGGAAUUGCACAACAUAGCCAUAAGAAUAAUUCUCCAAGGGGAAUUAAAGUAGUUGCUAAAAUGGACAUAUCAGGAGAGGUUACAGGUCAUGGUCAAGUUAUGAGAGUAUGAACACCUUCUGGGACAUAUUUUGGGCUAAAAUAAUUUUUUUAAUAGAUUUUUAUGUAUAAAAAUUUUCAGCAGUUUUUGACAAAAAAUGGUUAACUUUUAACCUAGCUGUGAGUAUCUUACUUUCUCUUUGAGCCCCAUCAUCUGAUAGCUAUGUAUAGCCCUCAUCUUUGAACUACUAACAGCUCAUAAACACUUAUUUAUGCCAUAUUAUCAGUAAGAACUGGGCUAUGGUGAGUGUUUAUAAGCUCUCCGAUCAGAGCUUCACAUUAGCUAUCCGUUCUACAGAGAAAGGGGCUGCAUUUUUUUUUAAAAUAAAGGCCAAUUGAAUAAUUAUUUUAGCUCAAAAUGAGAAGAAUGCAAUAAUAAAAAAUAAUUGACCCCAAAGGUGCCCAUAUCCUUUAAGAAUAAAGAAGUGCAGUCACUAUAAAGCACCAAAGUGGGCUAAUGGAAAUGUUAAGUGUGUUUAUAGCAUAUUUCACAAACUUUUCCUUAUCUCUUCCAAGUAUGUUAUAUGAUCUUUUCAAAGUCUCUCUAAACAAUGAACUUUAAAAAAAAAUGGUCCUACCCUAAGGGUGAUUAAUUGACAUGGACGCCAUGUUAUACUUCUGUGCCCCUAAGGCUAAAAUGAGCUAAAGUUUGUGUGGUGUGCCAAAGCUAAUGUGUUCCUGGCUGUAAUGCCGAUUGAGAAGUGAAACCUCUAAUCCUUCAUAUACCGUGUGUACUUGUAUCUGUUCUGUAUGCUAGUGGUGCAUUGUGGAAGGUUUUUCAGUGCCUUGCAUCUGCUUUGUCAUCUCACAAGCUGUAGACUUCGGCCAUCCCAGCCCCAUUCCUGAGGAGAUGCCAAAAGUGCUGAAAAGGAAGCAAUUUCAUGCUGUUCUGUAAAUCUCUGUACUGUUCACUUUGAGCUGGUAAUACGUGAAGUACUGUAGUCCGAUAUGUAUAUUACAAGCAGUUUCUCAUCAGAAUUCUGUUCCAUUCACAUUGGUUUCUUUGCUUUUUUAUUUUUUAAAUCACAUCCUCUUGGUCAUUGUUUUGUUGGACGACUUGUACUCGAUGCUUCUUAGACUGAAAAUGAUAUACCGUGUGUGUAUAUAUAUAUAUAAUUUAGUUUGAUCUAGGUAUUUCUUCUAUAAUAUGUAUUGUUUGGUCAAGGGAUGAGCCUUUAUAAGGUUUAGAGAUCUUACCAAUACGAGAGGUUUUGCACAGACAGCCGCAUCUGCUGGAUGAAGUAGGGUUUUUGUUUUUGAAGCCCCUACUUAUGAGAGUGCUCAUUAUUCCAUAUCUCGUAUAUUAAUUUACUUUUGGACUUGUUAUAUAAAUGUAUACAGAAUGCUGGAGUGCUUAGUGUUUUUCACAUUGCAUAGCUUUUUUUGAGCCUACUUUGUUGUUAGUUCUGUAAUAGGUUAAUUCUAUAAAUAACAUAUUUAUUAUUUUUGAAAUAAAAAUGCUUCCAAAA